CUCAAGCCCUCUGUGCUGAAGCAUGUCGUGGGGCCUACUGCCGCGUUUGUGGAGACCACAACUCUCACGGCCACUGCUGCGGUUGGCACCACUGAAACCGACAGCUGGGUUGACAAGGACUACCCCGCUUCGCAUCCCAAGCCUUGGCCGCUUCAGUCGUACCCUGCUACUGGGCGGUGCUGUGGCGGCGUCCCUGGCAUCCCUUGAAACAUCGGUGAGAUGUGCCCCCGCCACGUCUCAGGACACUGGGCUGGCGCUGGCCCUGGCGAACGAUGGAGGAAAGGUAACCUCGAAGCCUACACAGCCGCCGAAAGAUGUCAAGGCUACACGAGGCGUUGGCAUUGGGCGCAUUGCUGUGGCAAUGGUUUGCUGGAGUGUCUUUGCCAGCCUUUGGUUCGUAUCCAUCACCAUGCCAGCUGCGCUGGUAUGGUCCCUGGCAACAGCCAAAUGGAAGCUGAUGUCAGCUCUACUGGCAGCCUAUUGCUUCCCUCAUGUGAUCACAGUGCCAGCUCUUCCACGCAGCGCCACUCAUGCGUUCUGGGGCGGCCUCCAAGGUUGGUUUCCAGAAGGUAUGGAGGUGCUGUAUGUGGGUACUACGCCAGAGCCAGAACCCGAGCCGCCAAGUAAGGGAGAGAAGAGGAAGCGCCUCUUCUGCAUCCAUCCGCAUGGAAUUUAUACCCUCGGUGCACUGGCACUGCCCGAUCACGUGCCUGAAGUUCGAUUGUGUAUUGCGCCAUACCUUUACCACUUUGCUCCAGUUUUCCGAGUGGUCGCAGAGUUGCUGGGUGUGAAGUUGGGCUCCACUGGGCCCAGGGAUUUGAAGCGCUUGAUGGAGAAGGAGAACAGUCCCAUGGCCAUCGUACCAGGUGGCUUUGAAGAGGCAACAGUGACCUGCAGAUUCACGGAGCGCGUGUUCUUGAAGACACGCGCUGGAUUCAUCAAGUAUGCCUUGCGACAUGGCUACGAUUUGGUUCCGUGCUUCACCGUUGGAGACUCCGACAUGUUCAGCAAUCCUCAAGGUGCCUGGAAAUUCCGCUGGUGGCUGAAUGGGCUCUCGAUCCCAGCUGUAUUACCUUGGGGCUUUCCAGUUCUACCCUUGCUGCCCAAGCGUGUGCACGUGAAGCUGGCCAUUGGUCCGCCGUUGCACAUGCCACACAUCGAGAAUCCAACACGGGAAGAAGUGGAGAAGCACCGAAAGAGGUAUGUGGCCGCACUGCAGGCCACCUAUGCCGAAGCCAUUCGAGGCACUCCAAGCGCUGGACGACCCUUGGAGAUCUGGUGAUCGCUCCCCUGACUUGGAGGUUAUUGGGUUCACCGUUGUGUUGAAGGCAACGACCAGAUGAAAACUCACCAACGUCAAUGGGGAAGCCAUUUGAAAGCCAUUGUUUUCCCAGUCAUUGUUUUCCCGGAUUGCAUCUCCCAAAGUUGGAGAGUUGGAGAGCAAAA